AUGGAGGACGGAAAUGUCCUAGAGACCCAUGACGAUGUUCCAUAUGAGGUUCGGGAAAGGUUGUAUGCAGAGGACGAAAAGCAGCGUAAAAAGGCGCAAAAAUCAAUCAAUCCAGCGAAUGGAUUAAUCCAACCCAUCAACUUUCAUUUCCUGCCGGCACAGUUACCUCAGGCAUCAACGGUUCCAACAGACAACAUUGAUGGACAUACGUCGAGGUCCGAUCAGGCUGAGAAUAUCGACAUCCCCGGACUUUUUGAAGUAGCAGUGGAUAACUACACUGAUUGGCAGCUAUCCCGGGUUAAUUGCGAGGUUAAGCCCGAGUUUUACGUCGAACAGGGUGUGAAAAUAGGAGUUGCUCGCAGGUUUGUGCGUGAUAUCAGUCUUUAG